AUGGCUAACACAAAAUCAACAUUCACUCCCUUAUUUGCCAGUGCUCAAUUACUCAAGGAUUCUGGUGAUCUCCUACCUUGCCCAAUAGACUAUCGUGCACUUGUGGGAAGUCUUCAAUACUUAAGUCUUCCUCGUCGGGACAUCACCUUCAGUACCAACAAACUUGCGCAGUUCAUGCAACACCCCAGAACGGUGCAUUGGUCUGCCCUCAAACGGGUGCUCCGUUAUUUGGNGGGAUCUUGCAACAAAGGCAUCUUCAUCUCGACAACUGCUCUGCUAACCUUUCAUGCUUACUCANAUGCAGAUUGGGUGGGUGAUAAGGAUGAUUAUAUAUCAACCACUGGUUAUUUGUUGUAUCUUGGUAGCACUCCUAUCUCUUGGAGCUCCCGGAAAAAACGCUUUGUUGCUCGUUCCUCAACCAAAGCAGAAUACAAAGCCUUGGCUGACACGACCAAUGAACUUCUAUGGGUCCUAUCCUUGUUCACUGAACUUAGUCACAUGCCCACAACCAAUCNGGUUAUCUAUUGUGACAAUUUUGACAACUUUUUUGGCAGCUUUACGAAGUUGGAAUUCGAUAUAACGUGCAAUAGAUCCUUCGUAAUUCCAUCUCAUGUACUUCCUUACUUGAAGAACCUAAAAGAAUUGAAGGUGCAUAGCUCCGAUGCAGUGAAAGUAAUAUUUGACACUGAUGAGAUUGAGGUUGAGANAAAGGGAAUAAUCUUUGGGUUGAAAAAGCUUAUNUUAUUCGACUUGUCAAAUUUAAAAUGUGUAUGGAGGGAAAAUCUAGAAGAAAUUGUCAGCUUUUCGAAUUUGCAAGAAGUGGAUGUUGGUGGUUGUGGAAGUUUAGUAACAUUGUUCCCUUUAUCACUUGCCAAAAAUCUUGGGAAGUUGGAGUCACUUGAUAUACGGGAGUGUGAGAAAAUGGUAGAAAUAGUUGGAAGGGAAGCUGAAAUGGAGCAUGCAAUGACAAUGUUUGAAUUCCCUUGUUUAUGGUAUCUAAAUCUUGAAGACAUGCCACUGUUGAGUUGCUUUUACCCUGGAAAGCAUGAUCUAGAAUUUCCCUUGUUAGAUAGGUUAUAUGUGGAAUGUUGUCCUAAGCUGAAGGUAUUCAGAUCAAGCUUUGAUGAUGAUAGUAAAAAAGAAGUUUUAGAGGUUCCAACUAACUUGUUACAACAACCUUUGUUCUCGAUUGAAAAGCUACCCAAUUUAGAAUGGCUUACAUUACGAAAAUGCUUUGGUCUGAAGGAGAUAUUUCCCUCUCAAAAGCUUCAAGUUCACGACAAAGUACUUGCUGAAUUGAAACAAUUAUGUUUGUUGGAACUAAGUGAGUUAGAAUCCAUAGGUUUGGAGCACGAGUGGGUUCAACNAUACUCCAAAAAGCUUGAAUUGUUANAGCUNCNCACUUGCCCUGGAGUAGAAAGCAUAGUUUCUUGUGCAGUGUCAUUCAUCAAUCUUAAAGAGUUAUAUGUGAAGCUCUGUGAAAAGAUGGAAUAUUUAUUCUCAUUUGCAACACUCAAAACUUUGGUGAAACUUGAGACUCUAAGCAUAAAGAAGUGUGAAUCAAUCAAAGAAAUUGUGAAAAAGGAUGAUGAAGAUGGUUGUGAUGAGAUAGUAUUUGGACGGCUCAGAUCAAUUAAGCUGAAUUCCUUACCAAAGCUAGUAAGCUUUUAUUCAGGGAAUGCCACUUUGNAAUGCUCAUAUUUGAAANACGUGAUGGUAGCUGAAUGUCCCAAUAUGANAACUUUCUCUCAAGGAGUCAUUAAAGUGUCAACCUUUUUGGAGAUUCAAACAUCAAAAGAUUCUGAUUCAACAUUUGACGGCGACCUUAACACAACGAUCCAAAAGUUGUUUGACAAUCAGGUAAUCCAUCAGACAUGAUGACAGUAAGGAGCGUUUGGAGUUCUUCUUCCUGUACCAUUUUGUUUGUGAUUUCCGCAUUGCAUUCCUCAGAGGCGGAGGGAACAAUGAUGAUACAAGAAUCAUGAACAAAAGUUUAUUCUAAGUCUGUUUUUUGUUGUUUGAAAUGCUUGAAAUACAAAUAAGGUGGACCUACAUCGCCAUCUAUUGUAUGAGAUUAAGUUAGUUAUAUUCUGUAUGCAUGUUUGUCAUCAACUUAAAAUACUUUGAAUAUUGAACUUCGUAACAAUGUGAUGUCUGCAACACCUUAAAAAUGUGUUUGAGUGGAGACUUUAAGAUCAUCCAUUAUUUACUGCUUUAA